UAAAAUCAAUCAACAUAUUUCCAUGUGGCAAUAUAUUAAAAUUUCUCAAUUAAUUACUAUAAAUGAGCUCUACCAACUUUCUUAAUCGAUUACAUAAUUUUUUAACAAUUAAGCUAAAAUUUUAUAUGAAGUAUAGAUGGAUAAAUAGAUCAUUUUAAUAAUAUUUAAUAAUUGGCUUUGAGUUAAUGAAAAAACAGCCACUUUGAGAUCACUACUAUGAUUCCGCUUGUCAUUUUGUCACUGUUGCGCCGGAAAGUAAUAUUUAUUUUAUUCCGCUUUUGCUCCUCCAUUUAAUCCAAUUUCUCCAACAUCCCCCCCUCCCUCUCUACGCGCAUUGCCCAAAGCAAAGUACACCUUUGUUGGGGUUGGUGUUUCUUGCAGGCAUGAAGACGGUUAAAACGAAACCUCCAUUGCUAAAAUACUACUUUCUCACCUUCGCCUCCCUUUCAUUCCUCAUCCUUUUCUUCUUCUUUUCUAAUCAGCGUCGCCACUCCCUAACAUCAUUCCUCACAACCACCGCUGCUACCACCCACACUUCCUCUGCCUCCGAGGUAGACCUCAAAAUCCGACCUGGCUACACCUCCUACGACGCCUACAUCCAACGCCAACUCAACAAAACCCUCAACCCAAAACUACGGAAAAUAUGGAUGACUCGUGACUGGGACCGCAAAAUCCACGUCUUCUCCAAUUUCUUCCGGGAGCUACAACUCCAAAACCUCCUCUCUAACUCUUCCAAGUCCCUCUGCAUCGGCGCCCGGGUAGGCCAAGAGGUCGAGGCUCUCAAACGCGUCGGCGUCUCCGACUCUGUCGGCAUCGAUCUCGUGCCGUCCCCGCCGCUCGUCUUGAAAGGAGACUUCCAUAACCAACCAUUCGACAACGAGACGUUCGAUUUCGAGUUCUCCAACGUGUUCGACCACGCGCUCUACCCGCGGAAGUUCGUUGGCGAAAUCGAGCGGACGCUGAAGCCGGAUGGUGUCUGCGUGUUGCACGUGGCGCUGUCAACGCGUGCUGACAAAUACUCGGCCAACGAUUUGUACAGCGUGAAACCGUUGAUUCAUUUGUUCCAGAGAUCGCAGCUGGUUCGGGUCCGAAAAGUUGACGGCUUCGGAUUGGACACAGAGGUCAUAUUUCGUAAGAAGAAGGCAACCCAACGUUCUUGAUUUCAUUUCUGAUCAUCCAUUGUCAUUCAAUCCUUGUUAAUUACUGAAAAAGGAAAACAAAUUCUGGGAGUAUUGAGUUGUAAAAUGAAAAGGGGAAUGGGCCAUUGAGGGUGAGUAUGAUAAUCAAAGAACAACGGCAUUGACAUUGUUAAAGCAAAGCAAGUUGUGAGUUUAGAUUAAUUAGAAGAGUGGGGUCCUUUGACAAUGAUAUCACCAACUCAUUUCCAUCUGUUCUUAAGUAAACUCAACGCAAACCAAUAUAUAAGGAAAAUUGUAUACUCUUCAUCAUUAUAAAAUUCAUUUGUUUUGUAUAA